AUGUCGUCGUCGUCGAGUCCCCCGUUCGAGGCAUACCAGAUCAAGAACACGACGAUCAACGAGGCGCCGGGCGUCAAGUUGUCCGCGGAUCAGAGGUUGCUUGUGGGGAGCGUGUUGGAUCUAUUCUCAGGCAACCCAACCCUCAAACACCUCGCCCUCUGGUCCCCCUCCGCCCUCUUCGCCGACCCCAUCACCAGCGCCGCGGGGUACGACCGCUUCGCCGCGCAGUGGUACGGCCUGCCCGCGCUCUUCCGCCCCAUCCAGAUACAGAGCCACCGCGUCACGUCGGCCGGCAACCCGAUCGAGAUGCAGCUGGAGAACAGGUACACGCUGCGGGGCCCGGUCAAGACGGCGCAGACGAUCACCUCGGUGGUGAGGAUCAGUGUCGGCGGCGACGGGAGGAUCGAGAGGCUGGAGGAUAGGUGGAAUGAUAAGUUGCCGGAGGGCGUGGUUAGUGAGGCUUUUCGAAAACUAAAUGCCAUGACCGUUCCCAACUUCGUAACGGUUCCGAAAACUGAGGCGGAAGAUCAGAAGCUUAAGGCCGAGCGGGAGAAGGUUGAGUGA